CCCAAAUUUAAAUAUCAUGCUGAAGGGUAAUUAUUCUCUCGUUAUCCAGUGAUACUUUCUCGUUAUCUCGCAAUUUUCUCCAGCAGACUUUAUCGUCGAAAAUUGCCAAACCAUCAUUUCAACCUUGACCUCUCAGUCAUAAGUUCCUACAGCAAAUAGCGACCACCCAAAAUUCCGCUCCUUGCCCGUAUCAAUUUUCCCCUCCCCGCCUUCAGCAUGGGCGACCAAUCCCCAUCCCCGCUCAACCUCGUCGUAGUUGGCGGCGUCGCAGGAGGCAUGUCCUUUGCAGCCCGUGCCCGGCGUCUCUCAGAAUCUGCGAGUAUCACCGUCUUCGAGAAAGGGCCCUUUGUUGGCUACGCAAACUGCGGUAUCCCCUAUGCACUCGGUGGCAUCAUUCAAUCGGACGAAGCCCUCAUUCUCCAAACACCAGACUCGAUUAAAGCACGAUACAAUGUCGAUAUUCGUCACAGCACUGAAGUCAUUGCCAUCGACAGAGAGAAUAAGACCGUAGAGUAUAAGACCCAAGGCCAGGAAGCUAAGAGUAUGAAGUAUGAUAAACUAAUCCUAGCCCAAGGCGCUGAUGCCUUCCGCCCUCCUAUUUCAGGCUCUAAUGCUCCAAAUGUCUUUACUUUGCAAACCAUACCGGACAUGACGGCUAUAAAAUCCUACGUAGCCGCACAUUGCUCUAAAUCUGUCGCCGUCAUUGGUGGUGGAUUCAUCGGUCUCGAAGCCGCGGAAUCACUCCAUGCAUUAGGGAUGAAGGUCUCGAUUGUCGAGUACAUGCCUCAUGUUUUUCCGCCUGUGGACCAGGAUAUCGCCGAGCCUAUACAUGCCGAGAUCCGCCGAAAUAACGUGGAUUUGCACCUCAAUGCUCGGGUCAAGGAAAUUGUGGCUCCGAUUGAAGCCGAAGGGACUGGGAAUGGGAGCAGUCACGUCCUCUUGGAGUCCGGAGAAAAGGUGCCUGGGGAUAUUAUCUUGCUUGUCGUGGGCGUGCGUCCGCGUAUCACGCUUGCAAAAACCGCAGGCCUUGAGAUAAGUCGAUUUGGCAUCGUUACGAAUGCACAGAUGCAGAGCACGACGGACCCAGAUAUCUACGCAGUAGGCGACAUGGCGGAAACAACCAAUAGCAUCACCUUAUUGCCACAAAACCUCGCUCUCGCAGGCCCAGCAAACCGGCAGGGCCGCCUCGCAGCCGACCAUAUCUUCGGUCGAGAUGUGAGCUACAGAGGGAAUGUGGGGACAUCUGUAUGCCAAAUCUUCGGCAUUAACGUCGGGCUCGUAGGGCCCUCUAUCACAUCCCUCCAUUCACAAAGCCCCAAUCUCGACCCCGAGUACGUAACCGUGCAUCCGCCAAACCACGCGGCAUACUAUCCCGGCGCCACACCCCUGACCCUCAAACUCGCGUUCAGUAAGCGCAAUGGGAACAUCCUCGGCGCGCAGAUCAUUGGCAAAGCAGGUGUCGACAAACGCAUUGACGUCCUAGCCACAGCCAUUCAAGCACGAAUGACUGUCUACGAUCUCGAGCACCUAGAACUCGCAUAUGCACCGCCAUUUGGCUCCGCAAAAGACCCCGUCAAUAUGGCCGGAUUCGUCGCCUCUAAUGUUCUGCGCGGCGACACCGAAAUCAUCCACCCCGAAGACUUGACCCCAGAGAUUUUGGACCAGUAUCAAGUCAUCGAUGUACGGAGUCCGGGGGAGUUUGCAAGAGGGUAUGUUAGGGGUGCGAAGCUGGCGCCUUUGAAUGAGUUGAGGGGACGAUUGGGGGAUUUGGAUAGAGAGAAGAAGGUGUUAGUGUAUUGCCAAGUGGGGUAUAGGGGGUAUUUGGGGUAUAGGAUUUUGAAGCAGGAGGGGUUUAAGGUGGUGAAUUUGGAUGGCGGGUUUAAGGCUGUGAGCCAGGGAGGUUUUGGGUUGUUGGUUGGGUAGGUUGGAGCCGAUGGACGGACAAAAGACUCGACAGCGAUGGAUUGGGAUGCUGGAUUGCAUAUGUAUGUCUAUCUGCCUCUGGGUCGACAUUAAUGAAGCGUGUGUAUCA